CAAUUAAUUCCAUUUAAAUAAAUGGCGUACCGUGCGGUUCCCCUGCAGUAGCGCAUUGCAUAUUUUCAGGCGUAGUAAUAAUGCGAUUGUUAAAUAUUUAACUGCUCCCGGCGAGGUAGAUGUCUAGACUAGUUUGUUUACAAUUGCCGCAAUUCGCCUUGAAAAUUUGCCUAUUAUUCCCCGAGCAUAUCUCAAGAUAAAUUAACAAUUUAUACAUUGUUGUAAGCGGCGAAAUGUAUUUUUCAUCGGGUAAACAGAAAUAAAGUUAUGGGCAAGUACAUGCAAAUGUGCUUCAACCAAUGAAAAACGCGUUUUUAGACCUUAUGCAUAUGCAUAAUUAGACCUGCUUGAUUAAACAACCUCAGCUAUGUCUCAGGGAAAGUAUAUUUUCACUGUCAAUCAACAGUUUAUUGUAAAAGUGGUAGUGAUUUUUUCUUCGACUUGGUAAUUUUUUCGUCUAUACUUGGUUAAAAACUUUUGUACUGCGGCAACACUGGGUCUUCUCGCCCCAAAAUCAGCUGUUUUAUCCAUUCAAGUGAACACAAAUAAAAACAAAAUACAUUCAAUUAUUAAGUUGCUUUGAUUAGGUUUCUUUAAAAUAUCUCGUAUUUAACUUUAAUCGUUAGAUAUUUUGACAAUGGAAGCGGUCGAAGAUUUAGAUCAGAUUUUAAUUACUGCAGUAUGUGAGGAUGUAGCCUCGACAUCAACACCAAUUAAAGAUUCUGAGAAAAAAAAGAGAAAACGGCCGCAUGUAACAACAGCUUGGACACAGGAGAACAUCUUUAAAUUAAUUAACGCCAUUGAAGUUCAUUCAUGCAUAUGGGAAUAUUCUUCUAGCGACUAUAAAAAUCGCCAACAAAAGGACGAUGCAUGGAAGCAAAUUCAGGAAAAAAUAGUUGUUCACAGCAUGGAUGAAUGCAAGGCGAAAUGGAGCAAUAUUAAGAUCUCCUACAACAAUAUAAAAAAAAAAUAUGCAACUAAAUCUGGUCAAGGCGCAAUCGAAAAACCCCACUGGCCGUUCUGGUCUGCGAUGAAAUUUUAUUAUAAUCAUGACCGUGCUAAAACCACAACAUCAGAGUCAAAUCUGAGGUUGGACAGCGAAGUCGAUAUUUCAAACGAUGAUACUCAGACAUCCAGUGUUAAUGAAAAUGCAAGUACAUCGAGUAAUAAAUCGCCAGACGACAUUUUAGUGUCAGCAAUAAAAAUGCUUGAACAAAAAGAUGACAAAUGGACAGUUUUCGGGCAAUAUAUGGCAAUGCAGAUGAGGGAUAUUUCUGCACAGGACGAGCAAACAGCAAAUGAACUACAUGCGGAAAUUAUAAAGAAAACAAUGGAAACGCUGUUGGCUGUUAAUAAGACCAAAUAACAGAGUGAAAAUCUCCGAGCUAACCAACAUUUUUUAGAUGAUCGAUUUAUUUCCGAACAAAAAACCAUUUCGGUAAAUAUAUAGAAAAAAUUUCUCCCAUGUGUACCAACUAUGUAACUUUGGCAAUUUUUGGAGAUUCGCAUUAUUUCAACAGAUAUUUAUGUUAUCAGAAUUUUAGUUGCAAGGCUUUGAAUAUUAUUACGUAUAGGUGAUAUUACCUUCCGAUUGAUAUUUUUGCAGUCACAAAAACCGUGUUACAUGUCCGUAGAAAAGCACGAAACACUGUAAAAAUAUCAAUCGGAAUAUGAUAUAAUCACUUAUACAUAACUAUUCAAAAAACAAAGAAGAUCUGUCAAUUAAACUGCAAGUAACAUACUUGAAAUAAUGCGAAUCUCAAAAAAUCGCCAAAGUUAUAUAGUUGGAACACUUUGAGGAAUUUUACCCUAUAUACAUAUUUAUGUAUAUUCUUUUCAUAUUUCUAAUGAAUUACUUUUAAUUUUCUUGUUAAUAAAAUUUUAAUUGUGGCACCUCCCACAAGAACAAACUGUUUACCUCUGGAAUCGUGUAUGCUAAGGUACUGAAAUUUAGUAACAUUUAAAAUCUUAUCAAUAUCGAACUAGCAGCGAAAGUGAAAAGUAUUGCAAGAGGGGGAGUUACACAUUCCGAACAAACAAUUGCUCAUAAUUUUUUGUUACAUGGAAGAAAAUGCGCAAUGCCGUCACCAAAAAAAUAUCAAAAAUGAACGCGAAUGUCAAAGCACUUCAUACUUGCACGCUAUUAUACUGAAAUAUAAUGGGCUAUAAAAUCGCAUACCAUAAGUUAUUGUUGAAAUUCUAUUUGAACUUUUGAUGAAAACGUGUUGAAUCUUCUAAAUUGUAUACAAAGUUUGAAAUUUGGAUUGUUGGAAUGAAUGACUUUUAUUUCUAUAAAAAGAUGAGCAUUAAAUAAAUAUAGAAACGUGGUCAAAAUUGGUCAAAAUGUUGUACAACUAUUAUUAUGGCCAUACGUGUAUGCUGAUUUCUAAACCAACACUCCCCGCCUGAAGAUGUGUACUGACCCAGAUGUUUAUAUUUUAAAGUCUAUCUGACUUUUUUCAAUUUUAACUAUAGGUUUCAUGAAAACAUAGUU